UCUGUCUCUUUUGCUUUUUUUCCAAAAUCUCUCUCUUUCUCUCUCAUUACAAUAAUGGAUUUCACAAUAAAGAAUGGUUGAAGAGUUUCCAUCCGCCAUUCUCUCUCCAUUUCUCUCUGCAUUUUUCUUACUCCAACCAACCCCUUACUUCAUUCUCCUCUUCUUCACUUCUUCUUCUUCUUCUUCUUCUUCUUCUUCUUCUUCUUCUUCUUUCAUCGUCGGAGAAUCGCUUCUUCAUCCUCCAGUUAGUGGCCUUGGCCUGGGUUUUCCCCUCUUUCGUUUAUCAAAGGACAGCGGUGUUGACGGUAUUUAAAUGGAGCAGUAUGAAAUUCUAGAGCAAAUUGGCAAGGGUUCAUUCGGGUCUGCUCUUCUUGUUAGGCAUAAGCUUGAAAAGAGGAGGUAUGUUCUCAAGAAGAUUCGUCUUGCUCGCCAAACUGAUAGAACAAGGAGGUCUGCUCAUCAGGAGAUGGAGCUUAUAUCUAAAGCACGCAACCCUUUUAUUGUAGAGUAUAAAGAUUCUUGGGUAGAAAAGGGCUGUUUUGUGUGCAUUGUGAUAGGAUAUUGUGAAGGAGGAGACAUGGCUGAGGCCGUAAAAAGAGCCAACGGUGUUUUUUUUCCUGAAGAGAAACUUUGUAGGUGGCUUGUUCAACUUCUUAUGGCACUUGAUUACCUUCAUUGUAAUCAUAUUCUUCACCGUGAUGUUAAGUGUUCAAAUAUAUUCUUGACAAAAGAUCAAGACAUACGCCUAGGUGAUUUUGGCCUUGCUAAAAUGUUGACCUCGGAUGACCUUGCUUCAUCUGUUGUGGGUACUCCAAGUUACAUGUGCCCUGAGCUUCUUGCUGACAUACCUUAUGGUUCAAAGUCAGACAUAUGGUCUCUUGGAUGUUGCAUCUAUGAAAUGGCUGCCCACAAGCCAGCAUUUAAAGCCUUUGAUAUGCAGUCCUUGAUCAAUAAAAUUAACAAGUCCAUUGUGGCUCCGCUUCCAACCAUGUAUUCGGGUGCAUUCCGAGGCCUUGUCAAAAGCAUGCUGCGAAGAAAUCCGGAGCUCCGACCAAGUGCCGCUGAAUUACUCAAUCAUCCACAUCUCCAGCCCUACAUUCUUAAGGUUCACCUUAAGUUGAAUAGCCCCAGACGAAAUACUUUUCCUCUUCAACGGUCUGAUACAAAUUAUAUCAAGAAAACAAGGUUUGAAGAGCCAGGAUCUGAUAGUUUAGGAGCUUUCAGAGAGAAGAGACUGUCUUUUAGCAAUGACAGGGCAGUAAAUCCAAGCGUCUCCGUGACCGAGGCAGAGUCACAAUGUUCCUCUCGAAGAUCACUGCAGUUGCCUAGUUAUUUGAAUAAAAAGUUUGAGGAGUUAUCUAUCCCCGAAAAAGAAAGUGAUGUCGACCUGUCAAGAACCUCUAAGUUUCAAACAAUUUCGAAAACCCCAAGGUUGACUAAUGCCAAGGUUUCUGCUACACCCAAAAAGCAGACAAUCCCAUCAAAGUUUUCACCUGCAAACUUCAAUCCUAUUCCAGCAUCACAUUCUCCAGCUAGAAGAUCUUCACAUACAAAUCGCCGGGCAUCUCUUCCAUUGUCAACAAAAACUGCAGGCAUUGGCACUCCUUACAGGUCAAAUACUGGGCUACUUCACGGCAUGAACUCUCCCGAUAUCUCCGUUAAUGCCCCUAGAAUCGAUAAGAUUGCAGAAUUCCCCUUGGUUUCUUCCGAGGAUCCUCUACUUCACAUCCGUGGAACGUCAUCAACAUCUGCACAAUGCAGUAACAACUCACAAGACGAUUCCACCAACUGCUCAAUUACGAAAGACAAAUGUACUGUCCAGGUUGUAGACAAAACCACGAUGAAGAAAUCCGAUUUUCUCAGUUCCAGCUUUAGAGUUCCUGGGAGUGAAAGUGAUUACUUUGAUCACAAUCCAGCAAUCGCCUCUUCAAGCCGUUUAUCCUUUGAGUCACGGCAGCGACGGUUCGACACCUCGUCGUACCAGCAACGAGCUGAGGCACUGGAAGGGCUUCUGGAGUUCAGUGCUAAAUUACUACAGCAAGAGAGGUUUGAAGAGCUUGGAGUGUUGUUGAAGCCAUUUGGACCGGAGAAAGUCUCUCCGAGAGAAACUGCCAUAUGGUUGGCCAAGAGCUUCAAGGAGGCAACAGUGUAAGCCUUCCAAAAGGAUUGCGAUUACAAUCAUAAAAACUGAUCAAAUACUAAUUCAAAAUAGAUCAUUACCACUUUUGUACAUUGCCUCAACUUUAACCCAACUUAACGUAGGAACUAGUUAGUUUUUCUUUUUCUUUUUAAUAUCAUUUUUGCAAAUUUGAAGAAAAGGUUCACCACCUGUUGAAUUUUAGGUUCAAGUAAUUGACCAAAAUGGGCUUGUGUGUAAGCCUUAGUUGCAUUUGGAUUGAAGUGUUAAAAGUUAUUACGGAAAAAUCUGAACUGUUUUUGAGCA